CCAAACCACACCACACACUCGACACUUGAAAAAGUAGGGAGAGAUGCGUUGUUAUGGAUUGAUCUCUGGAAUUGGAAGCGAAGCUCGCUUCUCUUUCCCCGCAAACCACAGCCUUCCCACCACCCCUAUCCUACCUGAUUCUUGUUCUCGCCUCUCCUUCAGGCCUUUCGCCCCCAUCACCGUCUCCCCCGUCCGAGCUCGGUACGCCUCCCUCAAGACUAAGGCCACCAUCAACGAUGGAUUCCUCACUGAGCCUGAGGCUGCCGCUAUGAGCUUUUAUGAGCUUCUGGGCAUCCCUGAGUCCGGAACCUUGCUCGAAAUCAAGCAGGCGUACAAAAGCUUGGCCCGGAAGUACCAUCCGGACGUCUCGCCUCCGGGUCGGGUCAAGGAGUACACCAGGAGGUUUAUUUGGGUGCAGGAGGCCUACGAGACGCUCUCUGAUCCCCAGAGGAGAGCUUUGUAUGAUCGGGACUUGGCUAUGGGUCUCCACUUGGCUUUCUCCGCCCGUAAAACUUACCACCGAGAUGAGGGCAUGGUGGCACAAAAAGAGUGGAGGAAUCGGUGGGAGGGUCAGCUAUCAGAGCUGAAGAGAAGAAGCAUGAACAAAGAUGCUGCAGCAGCCGCUGGAGCAAACAUGUCAUGGGGAGCCCGAAUGCGCAUGCAGAGGAACCAAGCGGCAUCUGCUGAUCUAUAAAUAGCUUCCUUCUUGUUUGUAAAUACACAUCUCUCUUUCUCUCUCUCCCUCUCUCUCCAUAUAUUGUCACAGCUUUUAGGCUGGUGGGUCUAGAAAAAGGAUCAAAUGAUGUGUCCAGUGUCGGGUAAAAACUCUUGAGUUCAGGCAGAAUGGAUACUUUGUACAUAUGAUCUUCAGGUUUGAGAUUUGUGUUUCUUCCUCUCCUGCUUCAAAUUGUAGAUGGCUUUCCUUUGGUGUUCUUCCUUU